CAGAAAUCCCCCAAAUCUGUCCGCCAUUAGGUGUGCUGUGUGAGGUGACAAUUGUGGGGAUUUUUUGGGGAAGCAUUGCAUUUUCGAGAUAACGCCGCGUGUCACAGGUUCCUAAAACAUAUGAUCUGAUAUUCGUGAAAGUGACAGGAAUGAUAAAAUUCCCCAUUUCUCAUCCCACACGGAAUAAUUUCCCUCCACUUUGUUUACUGAGAAGAAGAAAUUAGAUGGUAAAGUAAUAGACAAGUGAUGUCGACACAUGUUCUCAUCAUCAUCCUCAUCGGUUUCUCAAAUCAAAUGUCCUUUUGAUUCCCUCGAAUCAUUAUCUCUGCAACAAAGGGCUCGUCGUAGCAGUAGAAGAAGAAGCAGUCAAAAGCCAUGGCCAUAAAUCUCUUUACCCUAGAAGCUAGGUAUCUUGAUGUUUGCGAGAGGCAAAACCAACUACCAAAUGCUUCUAUCUUGUCAGGUUUCUACAAGGCCAAGCUUCAAAAAUCUCGUCGCGAGCAAUGUAACUUUCAGGUUUUGCUAAACAAAUUGAAGGACAUUGAUGUUCCUCCUCUUAUAGAAGUGUUCUCGGCAGUUGACUUGUCUGAGAUUGACAUAGUCGACAUACUUCAUGAAUCGCCAUAUCAGUUGACUGGCGAACUCGUCCUAUCUCUGAUGCGUGCAAUCCAUCAGAAGCUUCGAGUUGUUGAUCUGCAAGAUUCUUCAUUUGGGAAGGGGUCUUUGAGGGAUCUUCUCCAUGGCGGGUUGACAUGUGAAGUCUUGAACUUGAGAUCUUCUCAUAUCCGGAAGCUCAACAUGAUUGGAAAUUUUAUGCAUUUACACAAUCUUAAUCUGGAUUUCAGCAUUUCACUCACUAGUUUCAAUGAAGAGUGCUUUACUUGCAUGCCUAAACUGAUGCGUCUGUCUAUGUGUGAGACAAGAAUAGUCAAUCUCUGGACAACAAGUGCUGCACUGUCAAAGCUACCUUCUUUGGUGGAGCUACGGUUUCAAAAUUGUUUAUGCUGCAAUGAUACUGCAUCGUGUCCUACAUCAACUAUUGAUGAGGCAAACUAUCUUUCUGGUGAUGUGAGUGGGUCGGACCACCUUGAUUCUCUAUCUCAAGAGUUGCUGUAUUCCCGUAGAGAAGGGAUGCUAAGCAACUCAUAUUUUGUUCAUAGCUUGGUGAAUCAUGCCCUUCAGGAAAGCGCAACUGAGGACUCAUCAGAUGACAGUGAAGUAGACUUUUCAAGUCACCAGCAACGAACAGGUUUGGAGGAGCUACUCUCUGAUGUACUUCCUGAGCUUGGUGAAUGGGCCGAGUUGGAAAAUGAGGUUUCUUUGGGGGCUAUGAUCCCUGAUGAAGAGGGAAGCGCUUUAGGAGGUGCAUUUAACUUGAGGCAUAUGAAGAAUACUCCAGAUACUAUUCCAAAGAAAUAUAUUUCACAUCAUCCUUCUCCCAUUUGCUUUGAGAAGCAUUACAGAGAAUACAUGGUAGCAACCCUGCCCCGUUUGAAAGUCUUGGACAAUUUGCUUAUUGGAAAGAAAGAUAGGGAAAUGGCCAAAAUUAUUUACUCACAGUACUACGAGUAUUUGCCGUACAACAGACAACGGAAAGAGAGUCUUAUUAGUGUAUUGCACAAACGUGAAAUGGGAGCAGUUGCUGGCCACUUGCAAAAAUCUCCACAACUCAAGGAACCAUAUCCUCGUAGGAUGAAUAAGUGCUCUAUUUCCAGGUCGAUUUGCUCUGCCAAAGUAGGUUCUUUUGCGUGGCCUCUUCUACAUUCUGUUCCGGACUUAUGCAGCAUUUCAGGGGAAGAGGCUAAGAGCUUUCGUCCUAGGCAGUUUGAGUAUCAUCCAGCUAUGUCUAGUCUCAUGGUUUUUGGAACUUUGGAUGGUGAAUUGGUAGUUAUGAACCAUGAGAAUGGUAAACUUGUUGGCUAUCUUCCAUCCUUGGGAACAUUAAAUAGUGUUUUGGGUCUCAGCUGGCUUAGAAGAUACCCAUCUAAGCUCAUUGCUGGAUCUGACAAUGGUUCCCUGCAGCUGUACGAUAUUAAUCAGAUGGCAUCUGUUAUCACUGAUAGACAUCGCUGUUCAGAUGCUGUUACGUUUGAUGAUUUUGAGCAGUUAACUUCAGUUCAUGUCAAUUCGACGGACGAACAUUUCAUUGCUAGUGGAUACUCAAAAAAUGUGGCUUUGUAUGAUAUAGGUAGUGGAAGGCGUUUACAGGUCUUCACCAAUAUGCAUGAAGGUCAUAUCAAUGUUGUUAAGUUUGCUCAUCAUUCUCCCUCCAUCUUUGCUUCUUCAUCGUUUGACCAGGACAUCAAAAUGUGGGACUUAAGGCAAGGACCACAUAAGCCUUGUUAUACGGCUUCAAGCUCAAGGGGAAAUGUCAUGGUGUGCUUUUCUCCAGACGACCAAUACCUACUUUCAUCAGCUGUUGACAAUGAGGUCAAACAACGUUUGGCUGUAGAUGGAAGGCUCCAUAUGAAAUUUGAUAUAAUGCCAACAGGAAGCGCCCACAAUUACACUAGGUCAUAUUACAUGAAUGGGAGGGACUAUAUCAUAAGUGGGAGUUGUGAUGAAAAUAUUGUUCGUGUUUGCUGUGCUCAAACUGGCAGGCGUCUCAGGGAUAUUUCUUUGGAGGGUAAGGGGCCAGGGAAUUCCAUGUUUGUGCAGUCUUUGAGGGGGGAUCCUUAUAGGGAUUUCCACAUGAGCGUCCUAGCAGCAUAUAUGCGCCCUUGCUCAAAAUCUCAAAUCAUUAAGGUGAACUUAAUGGCAUCCAGUGACAAUGCUGAGGAUUAUCAUUACAACAAUCAACGGUCUCGUAAGUCCUGCAGUAUGGGAGGUUAAUAAUAUUAAUCUCAGCUUGCCCUUCACAUGUAUUAAAAGAUUCAGUAGGUUAACAUAUUUAUGUCAUCUUUGCAUAGUCAGAAGCAUACUUGUAACUAAAAUAUACAUAAUAUACAAAAUGACAUUAAACUAGGGGGUUUACAGUAUAGUUCCACAAGUGGAUUACUGGUGCACUGUUGUAUCUUAACAUGUUCCAGUUACUUCCUAUUGUAAUAUUUAAGUGUUGCAUGUGUUCUGUCAUGUCCAUAUAGCUGGAACCAAUCACUUGUAGACUUCUACGUGUCGUCCAUUGGAGGUGGGGAAAUGGGGAACCUGGGGAUGAUAAGUCCAUUGUUUUGUCACGAAAUACCCUGAUGGUCUAUUGUCCUUGCUCCAUGGAUCUAGCUGUCUUUAGAGCACCUCUAAGAGACUCAAUGUACAGGAUUUGUGUGAAAAGAACUAGCUCCAAGUGAGUAUUUCAUAAUUACCAUGUAGUUACUUAACUGAUAUAUUUUCUAAUCCAAAUGCUCGCGUAGUAGUAUGAC